AUGCCCCCUAGUGUCCUGUCACGGGUCACCUGCAGGAAAGUCGACAAGGUGGAUUCCAGCCAGGCUGUUGUGGCCACCUCUGGCGCCUUGCAGAAUUUGAGUUCCUAUAUCAACGGGACAUUUGCAAACUUCAGCAACGCCUUCCAGGGCUCGAGCGAAUACAUCUCCGAGACACUAGGCGUCCCACCCACCGUCGUCUACAGCAGUCUCGCCGCCGUGCUAGCAACCAUGUCCGGCUUCUACUACACUCGACCCAGCCUGUCGCCGUACAGUUCAAUGGCAGGCGGUGCCCCGAACGUCACCGAAGACGACUACAGUUAUGUGACCUCGCAAGACCUGGGCGAACCCGCUCAUGAUGCACAACAAUACCGGUCGAACUCGAACGCAUCGCCAGAUCCCGAAGAUGAUGUGCUCCUUAUCAAGAACAGGGGCAUCACAUAUCCUGCUCACUUCCCCGCCUAUACCAUUGGAGAUGGAAAAUUGCAGGUUAAGGAUGUGAAGAACCGAGUCGGUCUUGUCAUGGAUCUGGGUGAUAGGACAUUGAAGCGAGUCAAGCUGCUUUAUAAAGGCCGCGAGCUCAAGGACUCUUCCGCACCUGUCCGUGAAUACGGCGUCAAGAACAAGAGUGAAAUCAUGGCGGUUGUGCCUGAGGGUUUCGAAAGCAGUGCAUCCGACGAAGAGAUGGUGGUCGUUGGUGAACCUGAUGGAAAAAAGACCAAGGGACGCAGAAAGAAGCGAUCCAAGAAGAAGGCAGAGAAGACAGCCAAUGCGUUGGACGGCGAGUCGGCCAGUAGCCCCCGCGACAGCAACUCGACGUUUGAUUCGCCCCGUUCACCCCCUGCGGGCGGUCCGGGCACCGAAUCAUUGAGGAAGUUGGAUGAGCUUGCCACCGAGUUCAGGACGAAGUGGUUGCCACUAUGCGUGCAAUACACAGCAUCGACACCAAAGGACGCGAAAAAGCGCGAGGAGGAGCACCGUAUGAUAUCUGAGUCUGUGCUGCAGCAUAUCAUACUGAAGCUAGAUGGAGUCGAGACUGAUGGCAUUGACGAGGUGAGGACGCGCCGCAAGGCGCUCGUCAGGGAGGUUCAAGAGGUUGUCAUUGAUGGCAAGGGCCACCUCCUUGGCCGCCUGGCCUCGCUUGUUGCCAAGCAGCUCCUCAACGGUCAGAAGAUCGUUGUUGUCCGCUGCGAGGCCCUGAACAUCUCUGGCGAGUUCUUCCGCGCCAAGCUCAAGUGGGCUGCCCAUAUGCGCAGGAUCACCCGUUACAACCCUACCCGUGGUGGUCCCUUCCACUUCCGCGCCCCCUCGCGCAUCUUCUACAAGGCUGUCCGCGGCAUGAUUCCCCACAAGACCGCGCGUGGUGCCGCUGCCCUUGAGCGCCUGAAGGUCUUCGAAGGUGUCCCCCCUCCCUACGACAAGCAGAAGAAGGUCGUUGUGCCCCAGGCCCUCCGUGUCCUCCGCCUGCAGCCUGGCCGCAAGUACUGCACCGUCGGCCGCCUCAGCCACGAGAACGGCUGGAAGUACCAGGAUGUCGUCGCCCGCCUUGAGGACAGGAGGAAGGCCAAGGCUCAGGCCUACUACGAGCGCAGGUUGACUCACGAGAAGCAAAUGACCGAGGCCAAGAAGAACGCCAAGACCAACCCCGAGACCGUCAAGGCCCUCGCUGCUUACGGCCACUAA